CCCGCCGUCAAAGCUUUGAAUGGUUAAACAAUCCUGUAUGGACUGCCUUAGCGGCCAGGUCCGCCACAAGGAGGCGAUUACACGACCGCUGAUUCGACGUACACUCGAGCUCUUCAACAGUUUAAACUUCUACGAAGAUGCUGAUAAGGAGCGGCGCCCUCGUGGGACUUAUCGCUACUCGAGGAAGGUAAAAAUCUCCCGGACUCGCCUGCGGGGUACGCGUACUACCGGGGGGUCUGAGAGUCGCGAAAAAUCCCAGAAAAAAAAAAUAAUAAUAAAUCAAUUGAAAAGGAAACUCCAUUGCCCGUGUUGUGGUCUCUUUUCAAGAUUUCUGGGCCGAUUUGUGAAGCAGUUAAUUCUUGAAUAUGUCGACCAAUCUGGGGGAGAUCGGUGUCUCCGAUCCUGCACGGCUCGAUAAGGACAAGGGAGAAGAGAGCGUAACGCAGAAUGCCGUCUUCGACAACGACCUCGAGCAGCCGGUCGCUCCGGAUCAGUUCGAUGAUAGUUAUCGAACGUCCAAGUGGGAGAUCUGGGCAUAUUAUACUUACUACAUUGGCAACAAUGGUCUGACAUUGUUCAAUUUCGCGCCAACUGCUUUCCAGAACCUGCUUUACCAAGCUGCAGGAGACUCCGGCAUGCUCCCUUUUGCCGGCAAGCUCCGUACGAUCGACAGUAUUGUUCUUUUGAGCAACGGUAUCUCGUUUGCCAUUCAGAUCGCCGUCUUUCUCGUCCUUGGGAGUUUCGCGGAUUUCGGAACCUGGCGGUCUAACAUUCUCAUCGUUCUCUCCCUCAUUGCUUACGCCAUCGGUUUUGGCUGGUUGGGAGUCCACACGGAGGAAAAGUGGCUCAUAGGAACUGGACUAUAUAUUGUGGGCUUGAUCGCUUAUCAGACGACUUUGACCUUCUGGACGGCAGCAUUCCCUGGUCUGGCCCGCAAUACAGCGGAGCUGAAAUCUAAAGCAGAGGAUUAUAUGGCCGGGGUCAUCUCACGAGAUGAAUAUGACCACGCUGAUACGAUGAAACGUAGUCAGUUGGCAAACAUGGCAUUUUACAUCCAGUCCAUUGGAGAGAUUGUCAUUCUCGCCAUCAUAGUUGGAAUCAUGUUCGGCCUGAAUGUCAAUGCCAGUGAAGCUAACAAUAACUGGGGUUUGAGCGUGCUUAUCGCUUUUGCAAGCGGUGUCUGGCUCCUUCUCUCGAUUCCUUGGUUUAUUCUCGAGAAAAGGAGGCCAGGGCAGGAUCCCAGAGGCAAUAUCAUAUUGGCGGGCCUAAAGCAGUUAUCCUAUGCUUUGUCGCAGGUGUGGAAACUCAAACAAAGUCUGCUGUAUUUGAUUGGCUACUUUCUUCUGGGUGACUCCCUGAACACAACAGUAACAGUUAUUGGAACGCUCCAGAAUAGCAUUGUUUCAUAUAAUACCCUACAGCUAACGUAUCUCUUGAUCGUUGGUAUUGCGGCGCAGGCAGCCGGUAUUUACGCUUUUUGGUUCGUCCAGCGUCGAUAUAACCUUGGAACCAAGACCAUGUUUAAUGUCGUUGCAUUCUCCAUCAUCCUUCUCGAUGGUUGGGGAAUGAUCGGCAUCUGGACGCAGCGCUUUGGAUUCCAUCACGUGUGGGAAGUUUGGCUCUACCAAGCUUUCUACGGCCUCUUCGUCUGCCCAUGGUACAGUUAUUCUCAGAUCAUGAUCUCUGAGGUGACUCCUCGCGGCUACGAGUUCCUCUUCUUCUCCCUAUUCAGCAUCAUUGGAAAAACCUCAUCUUUCAUCGGACCCAUCGUAUCUAGCGCCAUCAUCGAUGCUACACCAUCUGGAAACGCAUCUACACCAUUCUAUUUUCUGUUCGCACUUAGCGUUUGUAGUUUCAUCAUGCUAGUGUUCUGUGUCGACUUGAAAAAGAGUCGGAAAGAGCAGGAAGCUUUUUUGAGAGAGAAGAUGGAGAGAUUGGCGCAGAGUUCUGACGAGUCUGUAUCGGGACUAGAGCAGAAAUAGACGAUGGAGGGAGCUGGGAUAUGAAGUUUUGAUACCCACUGAUAGAUAGAGGAGCGUGAUGAUCUUUAGAUGGGGAGGAAUUAUGAAUCUACGUAACAGUUCCAUAAGUG